AAUUAAUCAAUCAAUAAAUCAAUUAACUUCAGUGAUUAUUAUUCUUAUUGAAAAUAAGUAACUAAUAUAUGCUGACAUUCCAAAUUCUUGCCUUAUUUGGUAUAAGAUGGUGUAUGAAUCACCUUUAGUAAUAGCUUUUGAUUUGUUUAUUUAGAAAAUAUGAAAAACGUGUCAGAAGCUGUGGCAAAUAUUAAGAAAGACGUGGAUAAGAGCACUUCCGGUUUAGAUGAUUUAACUGAUGAGGUCAAAACUACUUGCAAGGAUGGCCUUUCAGACCUUUCCAAAAGACUGGCGGUUUUGGAAGAGCAAAUGAAAGAGUUGGAUCAAGCAACAGAAAAAGAAAAACAGACAGUAGCAUUUAAUGUGAUGGAUGCAGUAAGCUACACGGGUUCUGAAGCCAUAAAAUUCUCCACAAUUUUACUAAACCAAGGCAACGCCUUCGAUAAAGAUACGGGGAUUUUUACUGCACCAACUGACGGGAUUUAUCAGUUUAAUGCACAUAUUUGCAGCAAUAAAACUUUCGAAGAAAUAAACUAUAGCAUUAAGGUUAACACACAAUGGAUAGUUACUGGAGAGUUUACUGUUCCCGAUAAAGCUUCAGAUGCAAAAUGGGAAAACCAAUACAUUUGUAUAACAUACAGGUAGAUUUUAAAGCAAUUAAAUUCAGAAUUCUUAGUUUUUAUUACGAAAUGGUAUACAUUGAUAAAUAAUUCACCUCGUCUUGAUACAUACAGUUUAUUUAAACAUACUUUUGAUUUAGAAAAAUACUUAAGUAUAAUUAAAGAACCAAAGUAUAGAAUAGCCUCAUCUAGACCCAUAAUUUAGCUGUAGAAUAUGGAGAUUUCGUAAUAUUCUAAGAAAUGAACGUUUUCGUGAAAAUUGCCAAUUUAAUCAAAUAGAAAAUGAAAAUUAUAUUUUACUUAUUUGCCCGAAGUUCUCCGAUUUGAGAAGAGAUUUUAAACGGUAUUACCACACAUGGCCGUCUUAGCAAAAGGUUAUCAAUAUAAUGUCCGAAUCAUCGUGAACUGUAAUAAAUGGUUGAAGCAAAUGUAUAAUUAUAUCAUGCUAACACUUUAAGAAAUUGGCUCUUAUUAAAUGUGAUCUGUAUUUUAUUCAUAUGAUCUGAUAAAAAUCGAUGUGCUUGUGUUGUUUGUGUUUAUAUAUUUUGUACUUGCUACAAACAUGUAUUUGUUUAAUGCAAUAAAAUUUGA